AUGCCGUCCCAAUUCGCCGGACGGCCCCUGCGCCGCUUCGUCGUCGUCGUCAUCUUCUUCGCCAUCGUCACGCUGCUAUGGCGGAAUCCCGACUUCACCCCGUCGUUCCCAGGCCGGGCCACGGAGAUGAUCAACGGCUACAAGUAUGCGCCCAGCCGGUUCGACUGGAGCCGGAUCAAGCCGCGCUACGCUGUCGGUGACAUCAAGUCACCCCCCUCGGGGCGGCCGAAGAGGCUCCCCAAGGUGCAGGCCAAGUUCGGCUCGGAUGCGCAGAACGAGAAGACGCUGGCGCGGAAGACUGCCAUCAAGAAUAAGUUCCUCAAGAGCUGGGAGGCGUAUAAGACGUAUGCGUGGACGAAGGACGAGCUGAUGCCCCUGUCCGGGAGGGGGAAGAAUACCUUUUGCGGCUGGUCUGCGCAGCUUGUUGAUGCAUUGGAUACGCUGUGGAUCAUGGGCCUCAAGGACGAAUUUCGUCUUGCUGUCGCUGAGGUCGCUCUGAUUGAUUGGCAGAGCACUUCCCAGAGGAAGAUCAAUUUAUUUGAGACGACGAUCCGGUACCUCGGUGGCUUGCUAUCCGCCUACGAGCUGUCGGAGGAGCGUGUUCUGCUACUCAAGGCCAUUGAGCUAGGUGAUGCCCUUUUCGCAGCAUUUGACACGCCGAAUCGACUCCCAGUGAAAUGGCUCGAGUUUGAGAGGGCGAAGAAUGGCAGGCAGGAAGCUGAAACAUCCAUGUCCAUUGCUGUUGGGGGCACUCUGUUUCUCGAAUUCACCCGGCUCAGCCAGCUUACGAAAGACCCCAAAUACUACGAUGCGGCUGAGCGCGUGAAGAAAUUCUUCAACGAGUACCAGCCCAAGUCGCAUAUCCCCGGUCUCUGGCCGCGCGAUUUGAACUAUCGCGAAAAGACAGGGACCGAGAAUCACAGGUACACAAUGGGUGCUGGGGCUGACUCCUUUUACGAAUACCUCCCCAAAAUGCACGCUCUUCUCGGAGGGUUGGAUCCCGAGUAUGAAAAGAUGACGGUUGCUGCACUUGAUGCGACAAGGGAUCACCUCUUAUACCGGCCCAUGACACCCAAAGAUGAAAACAUCCUGCUGUCUGGCGUUGUAAUCUUUAGUGAUGACGGCAACGCCAGGUACUACGCAGAGAUGCAUCACCUCACAUGCUUUGCUGGUGGGAUGUAUGCGCUUGCUGCCAAGCUCCUAAAGCGCGACGACUACUUGGAUGUUGGGAGCAGGCUGACUGGCGGGUGUGUCUGGGCUUAUGACUCUUUCCCUACGAAUAUCAUGCCCGAGAUCUCCGAGCACAUCCCGUGCAAGGACAAGAACGGUCCUUGCGAAUACAAGGCAGAGUCGUUCCCUUCCAACUCGGAGAGUCCCCUCCCUGACGGCUUCGUGCGGGCUCGAGAGCCCGGAUACAAGCUGAGGCCAGAGGCCAUUGAGAGUGUGUUCUAUAUGUGGCGCAUCACCGGAGACCAGAAAUGGCGUGAUGCUGCAUGGAGGAUGUGGGAGGGCAUUGUCAAGGCGACGGAAACACAGCUGGCGUUUGCGUCGAUUGAGAAUGUUGCAGAGCAGAAGAGUGAGAAAGUCGACUCCAUGGAGACUUUCUGGCUGGCUGAGACGCUCAAGUACUUUUAUCUCAUCUUUGAGGAUGACCACGUGCUUAACCUGGAUGAGUGGGUGUUCAACUCGGAGGCGCAUCCGUUCAAGCGCCCUCCGGCUUCCCUUCGUGCAUUCACCACCUCGUGUCGACUGCACGAUGUCGCGGCCAAGAACCACUACGAGCGCCUGAACAUCCGCCACGACGCCACGCCGGCCGAGAUCAAGAAGUCCUUCUACAAACUCUCCAAAGUCCACCACCCGGACGCCAACCCCUCCGACCCCUCGGCCUCCCACACCUUCUCCCUCCUCUCCGAGUCCUACACCGUCCUCUCCGACCCACCCCGCCGCGCCUCCUACGACCGCGACGUCCUCCGCCUCCACCACCAGCAU